AUGUUUUCAAUUAUCUAUCUCUUGACGGUACCGCCACUCGCGUUAAUACACAUUCCCUCCGCUGUCAUGAGCAUAUCCGUUGAGGAUUUGGUCUGUUCUUUCUCUUCCAAUCAUAUCGGUCAAGAGGCAAUGGAUCUAGCGGUUCUUCAGGCACAACUAGCCCAGGCAUUCUUUAACCAAUCUUCAGAGUUGUCUUCGUCGCAAAAGCCAGCGGGAGAACCCUUCUCCCAACCAUGCAAUACACCCACAGGACGAACACCUUCCACCAAUCUCAGCUGGGGAGUAGCAGAUGCUCAACGAGUAAACCGGCGGAACUCUGAAGAUGUGUCCAGAGAGCUAGAUGAUGUCGAGGAUGAACGAAUGGUGGAGGACAUACUUGUUCCAUCUUCCCCAGCGCCGGCUGGCGCACCCAUCUUUUCAACUCAACCUCUGUCGAGGACGUCACGAUCGCACAGUAGCGCCAUCCCCUUAUCGCCCUCUUCCCCCACUUUUGUUUCAGACACUUCAAGCUUCACCUCGACGGAUCCAUUCUAUCUUGCACAGCUCCAAGCUAUGCAAACCACUGCAUCACCGUCGUCCGUCUUCACGCAAUUAGGGAGGCCCUCACAACAAUCGCCAUUUGUCAAUCAACAGCAAAGAUUCGAGCCGUUUGGAUACAGUUCUUCCAUUUCUCUGGAGACACGCAAUAUGUUCGCUACCACAUCAGUCGCCUUAGAGCGGUGA